AGUCUCCAUUUCACUCUUAUUUCAUUCCCAAUCAGCACAAUCACCAUCUUUCUAGGGUUUCAAAAACCCUCACCAUAAAUAUAAUUUAAUUUAAUGAAAUCCUGCUGUUUCUUCGUCUAGAACUUGGUGAAUUAUGGACGAAGAAAUGCAGGAUUUCGUUGAGUUUGAUCCUGAUUACGAGUUUGAUGCUGCUCGUUUCUACGAUUUUACUCGCCUCGAAUCAUUUUCCGAAGCAGAGGAAGCUCAGCUUUGGUUUCGAUUCGCUCCUAGCUAUCCGCCUUCUCCUUUUAAUGUGAAAGUGAAUUGGAGUGAAGAUUGCGCGGUGGCGGAAGUAGUUGAUUGUAUGUCUUCUGAUGGUGGGGAUACUUCAGAGGGUGGUUCAACGAGAGAGAUAGAGGAUGGAGGUAGCGAAUAUUAUACUGAGAUAGAUCCAGAUAUUGAAAAAUUAAAGAGCAAGCCUUUGUCUAAAUCAUCCAAAUUAAAGACUUCAACAUUUAUGAAACCGACUGUUAGUCAUUUGGCCAAGCAAAGUAAAGAAAGGUCACAAAAAUUUGUAACUAAAGCAUAUGAGAGAGACACACUGAUUCAACCUGGAUUUGAAUGUGAAGCCACUAAAAGACAAAAGCUAGAAAGUGGCUACCAGCGAAAGGUUGCUCAGCUUAAACACCAUGCUCCAUUGUCCCACAAAUCAUCGAAAAAGGUUGGGUCGGUUGAGACAAGUUCUAUAAAUCAUAGGAGUAAAGUUACUAUUCCGAGAGAACCUGACUUGGAAACGGCACAGAGAGCAAAAAAUCGUAGGUUUCGGCCCAAAAAUGCAUCUGAAGGAUGUCAACAAGGAGAUCAGCUUCCAUAUACCUUCAAAGCACGGCCAUUGAACAGAAAAAUCCUGGAAGCCCCUUCUUUGGCUCUUCCUAAGAGGAGCAAGCCAAAGUCGCCAGUGUUUCAGAUGUUUCAGUUAAAGACAAUGGAAAGGGCUAUGCAACAUUCAUCUGCUAGUGUAUUGAGUGCACAUGAUCUUAAUUCUGUUAUAUCAAGUGAAAGCACAAAGGAUAAUGGGCCAUUGUCUGAAAGUGCUUUCGAGCAGAACCAUGAAGCAUUGGAUAGGUUUAAGGCUGGAUUCUCUAAUAAAAAGUUUCCUAGUAAAAGACAUACUCGUGUUGUUUGGAAUAAUAAAAAUGUGCCGAAUAUUCCAACAGAUUUGAAGGAGCCAGCUGAGAAGCAGCCUUCCGAAAUUCCACCAAUAGAGUUGUUUAAUAAGCUCUCUCUAAAAUCUGAAUGUGGAACAUCGAUAUACAAGUCAAAAUCAGACCAGGUGACAAAGCGUUCAAAGGAGAAUAAACCAGGCUCUAUCCAACAUGAAUUUAAGAGAAUUCUUGGCAAGGUGAACAACUGCGAGGGUACUAGAAUGAAUCCUGAUAUUACAUACCAGCACCACAUGAAUAGGAGUUUAGACAUACGCUGAGACAACGGGAGUUCCUUCCUUUGGCAUGGAAACAUCUAAUGGCCGAGUUUGGCCACUUUUUUCUGGAAGCUUUACCAGUUCCUAAACAGACUCUGGGUUUGGCGGCAAUGUUUAAAUCAUACUAAACCUCAAAUAUAGAAAAUUAUUGUACAGUGAGUAUAUCACCAUUGAAGUUCAGUUUCUUCCAUCCCCCUUCAGCUUAUACUUGGUAUAUCCAUGUAGGAACUUUUCCGUCCCCUUUUUCUUGUUAAGUUAUAAAUAGUACCCGUUCGCUUAGAAGAAAAAGCAUAUAGGAAAUUUGAAAUGUAAAUACUUGAUUAUUAAGAGAAAGUCUGUACAAUUACAAGCUUUGACUUUUGAUGUAGCAAUCAUCAAAUUGCAAGCUUUGACUUCUUUUCA